CAAUUUUCCCAAUUUACAUUAUCUUGUACAUUGAGAGCACUACUACUACUUGGGGCAUUAUUUACCUACCAACAUCUCAAUUUCAAAAGCCAAAAAUGUCAACCACCAUUGAUGUCCCUGCAGAAUCAAGCAAGAUUAAUAGUAUUGCGAAUGGAAUUAGAAAAGUUCCAGGUGCACCCCCAAGGCCAGAAGGAGGGUGGAAGAAAGGGGUAGCCAUACUAGACUUUAUUCUAAGGUUGGGUGCUAUUGCAUCUGCUCUUGGUGCUGCUGCCACCAUGGCAACAAGUGAUGAGACGCUCCCUUUCUUCACUCAGUUCUUCCAGUUUGAGGCUAGCUAUGAUAGUUUUUCUACUUUCCAGUUUUUUGUGAUUGCUAUGGCAUUUGUUGGUGGCUACCUAGUCCUAUCUCUACCUUUCUCUAUAGUCACUAUUAUACGUCCCCAUGCCGCUGGACCAAGACUUUUCCUCAUUAUCCUAGACACUGUGUUCCUGACUCUAGCAACUUCUAGUGCUGCCGCUGCUACUGCCAUAGUGUACUUAGCACACAAUGGCAAUCAGGAUUCGAAUUGGCUUGCCAUCUGCAACCAAUUUGGUGAUUUCUGCCAAGAGAUUAGUGGAGCAGUGGUGGCAUCGUUCGUUGCCGUGGUUCUCUUCGUUUUGCUCAUUGUUAUGUGUGCAGUGGCUCUACGAAAUCAUUAGCUAGCACCACUUAAUUAAUUAUAUAUGGAGCUAUAGCUUUAAGUUAUCCUUGUAUUUCAGCUGUGUUUGUGUGGCUAAAUUGCCAUUUUUUAAAAAUGUAUUUUUAGAUUUUAUAUUUUCUAUCAAAAGUAGCCAAGGUCUUUGUAAUUUUGUAUUGAUGAAUUUGGUCUUUAAUUUAUUUUUUUUAAAAAAAAUAUGUGAAUUUGGUCUUGAUUUGCUAUGAGAGCGAGUGACACCAUUUCUUCCUCCGACUAGGUAUGAUAUCCUGGCUUAUUAGGGAUGGCAUCCAAGCUGGCUAGGCACGAAUAGUAGUUGGAUAAAAAAUUUGUCUAUACUUGCUUUGUUAUCA